AUGAAUGUUCUCCCUCUAUUGAGCCUAUUGCUCGUUUUCUGUUUCGUCAAUGGAAAUGGAACUGAGAAACCAGGUGCUUGUGAAAGGUUCAAACUAGUGGAGGACAUGUAUGCGUUCUGCACCGGCGUCGAAUCCAUGUUCAUUGAGUACAGCACUUUCUUUGACAAAAAUAUGUUCGGAACAAAGGAAACGCUCAAUCUGGAUAUUUCUGAUGUUGAACAGACGCUGAAGACAUGUGACAGAUACGGCAGAUGCCCAGCAAUGAACAGAGUCAACUGUUUCCUCCCAAAAAUGCCACAAGUCGGACAUGUCUGUAAGAAGAUGAUGCUUCUGAAGAGCCCAUACGCCAAUUGCCUACGAAAACUUCAAAACCAAACGAUUCAAUCGCCAGACCUGGAGUCCCUUGUCAAUGACUUUACCAACUACGGAAUCACCAAGAAGUGUCUGGAUCUCAAGGAACGUUCGACUCUCAUGGAGGCAAUAUUACAGGAAUGCGACAAGGAAGCGCAGCAAUCGUUCAAAUAUAAUAUUGUAGACUUGAAGAGUUAUUACGAUUGUUAA